AACAAAAUGGCGGCGGCGGCGGCGUCGCUUUGUUUCCGCGGCUCCUGCGGCGGGGGCAGUGGUAGCGGCCUUUGAGCUGUGGGGAGGAUCCUGCACCAGCUAUAGUGACGACUAAGAGUCCAUUGCAUUUCUGUCGUAACCCCGUGCCGGAGAGCGCAAAGCGGCGCCCUACGGUCGUUGAAGCUACAAGGCGUUGAAGCGAAAACAUGACUGCUGAGCCCAUGAGUGAAAGCAAGUUGAAUACAUUGGUGCAGAAGCUUCAUGACUUCCUGGCACACUCAUCAGAAGAAUCUGAAGAAACAAGUUCUCCUCCAAGACUUGUGAUGAACCAAAGCACAGAAAAAGUCAGUGGUUCUGGAAAUAACUCAGAUAUGAUGGAAAACAGCAAGGAAGAGGGAGCUAGCUCUUCAGAAAAAUCCAAAUCGUCAGGAUCAUCACGAUCAAAAAGGAAACCUUCAAUUGUAACAAAGUAUGUUGAAUCUGAUGAUGAAAAACCUUUGGAUGAAACUGUAAAUGAAGAUACUUCUAAUGAAAAUUCAGAAAAUGAUAUUACUAUGCAAAGCUUGCCAAAAGGUACAGUGAUUGUACAACCAGAGCCAGUGCUGAAUGAAGACAAAGAUGAUUUUAAAGGGCCUGAAUUUAGAAGCAGAAGUAAAAUGAAAACUGAAAAUCUCAAAAAACGCGGAGAAGAUGGGCUUCAUGGGAUUGUGAGCUGCACAGCUUGUGGACAACAGGUCAAUCAUUUUCAAAAAGAUUCCAUUUACAGACAUCCUUCACUGCAAGUACUUAUUUGUAAGAAUUGCUUUAAAUAUUACAUGAGUGAUGAUAUUAGCCGUGACUCUGAUGGAAUGGAUGAACAAUGUAGGUGGUGUGCAGAAGGUGGAAACUUGAUUUGUUGCGACUUUUGCCAUAAUGCCUUCUGCAAGAAAUGCAUUCUGCGCAACCUUGGUCGAAAGGAGCUCUCUACAAUAAUGGAUGAAAACAACCAGUGGUAUUGCUACAUUUGUCACCCAGAACCUUUGUUGGACUUGGUCACUGCAUGUAAUAGUGUAUUUGAAAAUUUAGAACAGUUGUUGCAACAAAAUAAGAAGAAGAUAAAAGUUGACAAUGAAAAGAGUAACAAAGUAUAUGACCAUACACCCAGAUUUUCUCCAAAGAAGAAUAGUUCCAAUUGUAAUGGAGAAGAAAAGAAAUUAGAUGAUUCAUGUUCUGGUUCGGUAACCUACUCUUAUUCAGCACUAAUUGUGCCUAAAGAGAUGAUUAAGAAGGCAAAAAAACUGAUUGAGACCACAACUAACAUGAACUCCAGUUAUGUUAAGUUUUUGAAGCAGGCAGCAGAUAAUUCAGAAACCAAUUCUGCUACAAAGUUACGCCAGCUUAAGGCUUUUAAAUCUGUGUUAGCUGAUAUCAAAAAAGCUCAUCUUGCAUUAGAAGAAGAUUUGAAUUCAGAGAUUCGAGCUUUGGAUGCUGUAAACAAAGAGAAAAAUACCAAAGAGCAUAAGGUCAUAGAUGCUAAGUCUGAAACAAAAGUACGAAAAGGAGAAAAACCCUGUGCUUUAGAAAGAAAAGAUGUUUCAAAAUCAGAAGCUAAACUGGCAAGAAAGCAGCUGGAUAGUGAACACAUGGAUCAGAGUAUUACAGUACAGGAACAAAGAGCAAAUAAAAGUGCCAGUGGUGAACAUAAGAAAUCUGAUAAAAAAGAAGAACCUCAGUAUGAACCUGCUAACACUUCUGAAGAUUUAGACAUGGAUAUUGUUUCUGUUCCUUCCUCAGUUCCAGAAGACAUUUUUGAGAAUCUUGAGACAGCUAUGGAAGUUCAGAGUUCAGCAGAUAAUCAGGGAGAUGGCAAUAGUGGAACUGAGCAAGAACUGGAGAGUUCUUCUGUAAAAUUAAAUAUUACUUCAAAAGACAACAGAGGAGGUGCUGAUUGUCAGGAAGUACCACAAGAUAAAGAUGGCUAUAAAAGUUCUGGUCUGAACCCCAAGCCAGAGAACUGUGGACUUGGACAGGAAAAGAAUGAUAAUGAGCAUUUGUUUGAAAGUGAAGUUCCAUUACUUUCAGAAGAAUCUGAUCUUCGAAGAUCUCCACGUGUAAAGACUACUCCCUUGAGGCGACAGACAGAAACCAAUCCUGCAACAUCUAAUUCAGAUGAAGAAAGUAAUGAAACAGUUAAGGAGAAACAAAAACUAUCAGUUCCAAUGAGAAAAAAGGAUAAGCGGAAUUCUUCUGACAGUGCUAUAGAUAAUCCUAAACCUAAUAAAUUGCCUAAAUCUAAGCAGUCCGAGAUUGUGGAUCAGAAUUCAGAUUCUGAUGAAAUGUUAGCAAUCCUCAAAGAGGUGUCCAGGAUGAGUCACAGUUCUUCUUCAGAUACUGAUAUUAAUGAAACUCAUACAAAUCAUGAGAAGACUUUAUAUGAUUUAAAGACUCAAACAGGGAAAGAUGAUAAAGGAAAAAGGAAACGAAAAAGUUCUACUUCUGGCUCAGAUUUUGAUAUUAAAAAAGGCAAAUCAGCUAAAAGGUCUAUAAUUUCUAAAAAGAAACGACAAAACCAGUCUGAGUCUUCCAAUUAUGACUCAGAAUUAGAAAAAGAGAUAAAGAGCAUGAGUAAAAUUGGGGCUGCCAGAACAACCAAAAAAAGAGUUCCAAAUAAAGAAGAUUAUGAUUCUUCUGAAGAAGAAAAACACAGAAAAAAAGGAAUGGAUAAUCAAGGGCAGAAAAAUUUGAAGACUGCACAAGAAGGAUCAUCUGAUGAUGCUGAAAGGAAACAAGAGAGAGAGAAUUUCUCUUCAGCAGAAGGCACAGUCGAUAAAGACAGGACCAACAUGGACUUAAGAGAUCGAAUCUCUAAGAAGCAGCAGUCAGGUGUUUCUUAUGAUGGUGCUGAUAAGCUGCCUUCAGGGAAAGAGGAGAGUUUUAAUUCUCCAGAAGACAAAAAUGUUUCUGAAACUAAAGAAAAGAGUAAGCAUUUGAAAACCAAAUCAUGUAAGAAAGUACAGAGUGGCUUAUCUGACAUUGCUGAGAAUUUCCCAAAGAGAGAGCAGAGUGAUGAAUCCUCUGAAGAUGAUAAAAAGCAGAGCAAAAAGGGAACUGAAGUAAAAGAAAAGAAAACUACAGACUUGAAGAAAAAUGUAAUUAAGAUGGAACAACAGUAUGAAUCAUCAUCUGAUGGCACUGAGAAAUUACCCGAGGGAGAAGAGAUUUCUCGUUUUCCUAAAGGCAUAAAAGAAAAUAAGAAUGACACAACUUAUGGAGAAAAGAAAAGUAAAAAAAUAAAAAAUAAAACUUCUAAAAAGAAGGAUGACGUGUCUGAUAAUGCUGAGAAAUUACAGGGAAAAAGAGAUAGUUGUGAUUCUUCAGAAGAUAAAAGGAGUAAGAAUGGGGCAUCCAGUAGAGUGAAGAAAAGAUGCAACUUGCCUGAAAAGAGUUCAAGGAAGAGACAGGAUUGUUCAUCAUCUGAUACUGAGAAAUAUUCCAUGAAAGAAGAUGGUUGUGAUUCUUCUGACAAGAGACUGAAAAGAAUAGAACUGAGGGAAAGAAGAAAUUUAAAUUCAAAGAGAAAUACCAAGGAAGUACAUAGUGGCUCAUCAUCUUCUGAUGGUGAGGAAAGUUCUGAAGACAAUAAAAAGCUGAAGAAACAGAGAACUUCAGCUAAAAAGAAGACAGUCAGUGUCAAGGAGAAAAUGAGAAACUCCCUAAGAACAAGCACUAAAAGGAAGCAAGCUGACAUUACAUCGUCAUCUUCUUCUGAUAUAGGAGAUGAUGAUCAGAAUUCUGUAGGCGAGGGGAGCAGUGAUGAGCAGAAAAUUAAGCCUGUGACCGAAAAUUUAGUGCUGUCUUCACAUACUGGAUUUUGUCAAUCUUCAGGAGAUGAAGCCUUAUCUAAAUCAGUGCCUGUCACAGUGGAUGAUGAUGAUGACGACAAUGAUCCUGAGAAUAGAAUUGCCAAGAAGAUGCUUUUAGAAGAAAUUAAAGCCAAUCUUUCCUCUGAUGAGGAUGGAUCUUCAGAUGAUGAACCAGAAGAAGGGAAAAAAAGAACUGGAAAACACAAUGAAGAAAACCCAGGAGAUGAGGAAGCAAAAAAUCAAGUCAAUUCUGAAUCAGAUUCAGAUUCUGAAGAAUCUAAGAAGCCAAGAUACAGACAUAGGCUUUUGAGGCACAAACUCACUGUGAGUGAUGGAGAAUCUGGAGAAGAAAAAAAGAUGAAGCCUAAAGAACACAAAGAAGCCAAAGGCAGAAAUAGAAGGAAAGUGAGCAGUGAAGAUUCUGAAGAUUCUGAUUUCCAGGAAUCAGGAGUUAGUGAAGAAGUUAGUGAAUCUGAAGAUGAACAACGGCCCAGAACAAGGUCUGCAAAGAAAGCAGAGUUGGAAGAAAAUCAGCGGAGUUAUAAACAGAAAAAGAAAAGGCGACGCAUUAAGGUUCAAGAAGACUCAUCGAGUGAAAACAAGAGUAAUUCUGAAGAAGAUAAAGAAGAAGAGGAAGAGGAAGAGGAAGAAGAAGAAGAUGAAAAUGACGAUUCCAAGUCUCCUGGAAAAGGCAGAAAGAAAAUUAGAAAGAUUCUUAAAGAUGAUAAACUAAGAACUGAGACACAAAAUGCUCUUAAGGAAGAGGAAGAGAGGCGAAAACGUAUUGCUGAGAGGGAACGUGAGCGAGAAAAAUUGAGAGAGGUGAUAGAAAUUGAAGAUGCUUCACCCACCAAAUGUCCAAUAACAACCAAGUUGGUUUUAGAUGAAGAUGAAGAAACCAAAGAACCUUUAGUGCAGGUUCAUAGAAAUAUGGUUAUCAAAUUGAAACCACAUCAAGUAGAUGGUGUUCAGUUUAUGUGGGAUUGCUGCUGUGAAUCUGUAAAAAAAACAAAGAAAUCUCCAGGUUCAGGAUGCAUUCUAGCACACUGCAUGGGCCUUGGUAAGACUUUACAGGUGGUAAGUUUUCUUCAUACGGUUCUUUUGUGUGACAAAUUGGAUUUCAGCACAGCUUUAGUGGUUUGUCCUCUUAAUACCGCUUUGAAUUGGAUGAAUGAAUUUGAGAAGUGGCAGGAGGGAUUAAAAGAUGAUGAGAAGCUUGAGGUCUCUGAAUUAGCAACUGUGAAACGUCCUCAGGAGAGAAGCUACAUGCUGCAGAGGUGGCAAGAAGAUGGUGGUGUUAUGAUCAUAGGCUAUGAGAUGUACAGAAAUCUUGCUCAAGGAAGGAAUGUGAAGAGUAGGAAACUUAAGGAAAUCUUUAACAAAGCUUUGGUCGAUCCAGGCCCUGACUUUGUUGUUUGUGAUGAAGGUCAUAUUCUAAAAAAUGAAGCAUCUGCUGUUUCAAAAGCUAUGAAUUCUAUACGGUCAAGGAGGAGGAUUAUUUUAACAGGAACACCACUUCAAAAUAACCUAAUUGAGUAUCAUUGUAUGGUUAACUUUAUCAAGGAAAAUUUGCUGGGAUCCAUUAAAGAGUUCAGAAAUCGAUUUAUAAAUCCAAUCCAAAAUGGUCAGUGUGCAGAUUCUACCAUGGUAGAUGUCAGAGUGAUGAAGAAGCGUGCUCACAUUCUCUAUGAGAUGUUAGCUGGAUGUGUUCAGAGGAAAGAUUAUACAGCAUUAACAAAGUUCUUGCCCCCAAAACAUGAGUAUGUAUUAGCUGUGAGAAUGACUCCUAUUCAGUGCAAGCUCUAUCAGUACUACUUAGAUCACUUAACAGGUGUAGGUAAUAGCAGUGAAGGUGGAAGAGGAAAGGCAGGUGCAAAACUUUUCCAAGAUUUUCAGAUGUUAAGUAGAAUCUGGACUCAUCCUUGGUGUUUGCAGCUGGACUACAUUAGCAAAGAAAAUAAGGGAUACUUUGAUGAAGACAGUAUGGAUGAAUUUAUAGCUUCAGAUUCCGAUGAAACCUCCAUGAGUUUAAGCUCCGAUGAUUAUACAAAAAAGAAGAAAACGAAGGGGAAAAAAGGGAAGAAAGAUAGUAGCUCAAGUGGAAGUGGCAGUGACAAUGAUGUUGAAGUGAUUAAAGUCUGGAAUUCAAGAUCUCGAGGAGGUGGUGAAGGAAAUGUGGAUGAAACAGGAAGCAAUCCCUCAGUUUCAUUAAAGCUGGAAGAAAGUAAAGCUACUUCCUCUUCUAAUCCAAGCAGCCCAGCUCCAGACUGGUACAAAGAUUUUGUUACAGAUGCUGAUGCUGAGGUUUUAGAACAUUCUGGAAAAAUGGUACUUCUCUUUGAAAUUCUUCGAAUGGCAGAGGAAAUUGGUGAUAAAGUCCUUGUUUUCAGCCAGUCUCUCAUAUCUCUGGACUUGAUUGAAGAUUUUCUUGAAUUGGCCAGUAGGGAAAAGACAGAAGAUAAAGAUAAACCUCUUAUUUAUAAAGGUGAAGGGAAGUGGCUGCGGAACAUUGACUAUUACCGUUUAGAUGGUUCUACUACUGCACAGUCAAGGAAAAAAUGGGCUGAAGAAUUUAAUGAUGAAACUAAUGUGAGAGGACGAUUAUUUAUCAUUUCCACCAAAGCAGGAUCUCUUGGAAUUAAUCUGGUAGCUGCUAAUCGAGUGAUUAUAUUUGAUGCUUCUUGGAAUCCGUCUUAUGACAUCCAGAGUAUAUUCCGAGUUUAUCGCUUUGGACAAACUAAACCUGUGUAUGUAUAUAGGUUCUUAGCUCAGGGAACCAUGGAAGAUAAGAUUUAUGAUCGGCAAGUAACUAAGCAGUCACUGUCUUUUCGAGUUGUUGAUCAGCAGCAGGUUGAGCGUCAUUUUACCAUGAAUGAGCUUACUGAACUUUAUACUUUUGAGCCAGACUUAUUAGAUGACCCUAAUUCAGAAAAAAAGAAGAAGAGGGAUACUCCCAUGCUGCCAAAGGUAAAUAUCUUUAGAUUAUUAGCUUUAAAAAAAACCUACCAUGGACCAAAGAUAUUUUACUAUUACGGUGAAAGUUAG